UCCCGUUCUGGCCCCGGGCCCGCCCGGUGUGGGACUCCCAGUGCCCGGUGGUCACUCCCGGUACGCCGUGGGUCACUGCUGGUGCCCGUUGGGUCAUUCCCGGUGCCCCAUGGUCACUCCCAGUUCCCGCUGGGUCACUCCCGGUACACCGUGGGUCACUCCCGGUGCCCGCUGGGUCACGGCCAUACCGUCCCGGGCGCCCCCUGGCGGCGUGGCACGGCCCACGUUCCCCGGCGGUCACAUGACCGGGCGGGCGGAAGAUGGCGGAGCCGCCGGGCGCCGCCGCCGAGGACUCGUGGGGGAAGGUGGGGCCGGGAUCUGGUCGGGCCGGGCCGCCGGGUGCCGCGGGGGCGCAGGGCGGCGCGCCGGGACGGGGCUCGUGGCGGCCGGGCAGGCGCUCUUCAUGGAAAAUGCCCGGAAAGGCAGCAUAGUGUCCCGGGCCAACAGCAUCGGCUCCACCAGUGCCUCUUCUGUCCCCAACACAGAUGAUGAGGACAGUGACUGCGCUCAGGAGUCCCCCAAGGACACGUACAAGGACCAGCGCCGCCGGGCACACACCCAGGCCGAGCAGAAGCGCCGAGAUGCCAUCAAGAAAGGCUACAAUGACUUGCAAGCCAUCGUUCCCACCUGUGAGCAGCAGGAUUUCUCCAUCAGCUCACAGAAACUGAGCAAGGCCAUUGUGCUGCAGAAAACUAUCGACUACAUCCAGUUCCUGCAUAAGGAGAAGAAAAAGCAGGAGGAGGAAGUUUCUACCCUCAGGAAAGAUGUGAUGGCCUUGAAGAUCAUGAAAGUGAACUAUGAGCAGAUUGUGAAAGCUCAUCAGGACAACCCGAAUGAGGGGAAGAACCAGAUCUCUGACGAGUUGAAGUUCAAUGUUUUCCAAGGCAUCAUGGACUCCCUGUUCCAGUCCUUCAAUGCCUCAGUCUCUGUAACGAGUUUUCAGGAGCUCUCAGCAUGUGUCUUCAGCUGGAUUGAGGAGCACUGCAAGCCCCAGACGCUGCGGGACGUUGUCAUCGGGGUCCUGCACAAGGUGAAGAGCCAGCUCUACUGAGCCUCCCGUGCCACUGCUGUGCCCGUGGGGAUGGGGCACUUCUGCCAGAGGCCAGGGUGCCAGGCACCACCCUGGGCCCUCUCCCUUGUGGCUGUUAUUAAGGUUCUCUGAAUUAUUUAUUAUAUUCCUUCUGAAGCCCAACGGUGGCUGUGCAAACACUGCUGCUCCACUCGGUGCCACCAAAUCUUUAUUGGAACUGGGCAGGAGGGGAGAGAAGGAUGGGGGGCAGAGUCUCUGGCUCAGGCAGUGCCAUGGGGUUGCCUGUGCCACUGACUCUCCUUGCAGAGCUGAUCCCAGAGCAGCUGCACUCUGUGCCCUCAGGCCUGUGACAGCCCUGUUAUCCCCAGGGUGGGCAAAUGUGACAAAUGCAUACUAAAAACGAUGGGUUUCUGGUACAGCUGUAGGAAUUGCUUUUCCCUGACCCUCUGGGCUGUGCCCUGUCCCUCUGAAGCAGCUGUUUUGAGUCAACUGUUGCUUUUUGGAGGAGCCUGGCAGUGCUGGCAGCAGCAUGAGCUCAUCAAGAGCUGGGAGCUGUGGCCCUGGCAGCACAUGCUAGGGCCUUGAUGAACCCCAAGCAUGCUGCAGCCGUGAGUCCCUGGGAAGGAACAGAGGUUCCUGCAAGUGCUGGAACACCUCUCCUUUUCAGAAACUCCGGCUGUACUGCACAGGGAAGUUCUGCAGCUGUAGCACAGCAUGGCCACAUGCACUUGCUGCUCCUCCUUAGAACUUUUACACACACACAUACAUGACCAGCCUCGAUUGGAUUUUUAUUAUUGUAAACUUUGAAAUGGUCCCAGAGUGCUGCCUGUGCCAGCUGUAGAAGCAGCUGCUAUCAGGGACAUGUUUGACCCUGUUCUAUGCCCAGUUUGGGUCACAACUCUGCCUGGGUGAGGGCUGGGCACUGUCCAGAGUGAUGGGACCAGGGUGCUGCCAGCAGCAGGGUUUGUUCUCCAUAACCAUGGUUGUGCUCCUGCUCCAGGGGCACAUGCAGGGAAUGUUUAUUUCAGGCAGUUUUUCCAGCACUGAGGAGGGAGUGCUGCCUCCUGUCUUGGGAAGAAGACGUGGAAUUUUACAGACCUCACACAUUAAAGUGAUGUAUUUUUCUAUUGUGAAAAGUAAUUAAAUAAAUUUCACUGAAUGUUUUAA